GAAUAUGUACAGAAAUAUAAAAUUUAAAAAUCAUAAUGAUAUUACUAACGGGAUGGAUUUAGGUGCAGAGUAGAUAUAAACACUCUUAAACCUGUUACCACCCCCAAAUUUUAAUUUCGGAGAAAGUCUACACCCGCAACUAAUCAUAGCGGAUUUUCUCUACUCAAAUCGAGACGAAUUCGAGUGGAUGCAGAUUGUGUUGUCAUUCCAUUAUCAUCCAAACAUGUCAAAAUCAAUUUUACAUCCCAAAAUUAAAAUCAAACAAUGAUUCCACUUUUGGAGAGGCAAAAAUCAAUUAUUGAGGUAUAAAAUUGAUUUUGCCUACAAAUUUGAUUCUUUGUAACUUCUGACCUCAAAUGUGAUUUUUACAUUGCAAUUUAUUGUUCAAUUCAAUUUAACUUAAAUAUAUUCAAAUAUAAAUCAAUUUAUAUUUAACUCACUUUUAACUAAAAUCAAUUUUUAACCAAACACAUUAAACUACUUUACUCAAUAACAACAAAAGCCCUCGUAACAAUAUCAGGAAAUUAUCUCGAGAUUGUUUUUGGCCAAUGGUGAAUUAUUUAAUGUUAAACAAUAUUAUAUGGGACUGCCAUAACUUCAUUAAAUGAUAGAUCGUUUUACCAUUGGCCAAAAAAAAGUAUCUGAAUAAUUUCCCUUUUUUCUAUUGUAGCAUUAAUUUAAAACCAUUUGGUUUCAAUUUCUUUUUUAGUGUUUUAUAAAUACUUUAUAAAUUAAUUAGACACGUAUCAUAGUUUUUAAACCAAAUUUAAACUUCAAAAACAAAAUAUAGAGCAAAGGUUCUUACACUUGUUGAAGGGAACAGAGCGAGAGAAAUUCCUUACUCGUUUAGAAAAGCAAGUCGAAAAUAUUAAUUAGGCAGAGCAGAGCAGAGCAGAGGUCGCAUGGCUGAAAUUGUACUAGAUGUGGUAGCAUCAAUGGUUGCUAACUUCCUCAUUGAAGAGUAUGCAGUGUUGGGGGAUGCAGUGAGGCACGUAGAAUGGAUUGAAAUAGAGCUGCGGUCAAUGCGGGGAUUGUUAGAACAGGUUGAACAACGCGGGGACGGAGAGCAGGAACAAGCGUUGACAGAAUGGGCAGAGAAUUUGACAUACGUUGCUGUUGAUGCAAAGAAUGUGAUAGAAACGUUCGUGAUAAAAUCAGUGAAGAGGAGGAGGUUGGGCGUUCUGCAUUGGUUUGACAAAUACAAGAUCGGGAAACAGCUGGAGCAGAUCUGCAGGAGGAUGAGAGCUGUCUCUCAUAUCGGAAUGUCCUUAAACACAAAUAUUGUUAGUGUCUUCGUUGAAAAUCCAGCUCUAGAAGGAGAAGUACCACCACCUUCCAGUGCCACAGUAGUAGCAGCAGCUAUGGAGAAGCUUGAUCACAUUUUGAAUCAAAAUUUAAUUACCGGUAAUAAAGUGAUCAAGAUGGUGGAACAAGUAAAAGAUGGCCUCAAAGACCUGCAAAACAUUGUGUCAAAGUUGAAGUCAACAAAUGAAAGAGAAAGUGUGUGGUUGGAAGAGGUAAAGAUUGUUUCUACUUACACGACAGUUGUUGCUGAAAAUUUCAUUGCCAAAAGAGAAAGUAAGAAGGUCCUUUAUGAAGGAUGUGUCCCAGGAUGGCAAUUUAAAAAGAAGAUGAAGUAUGUUAGAACUCAAAUUGGAGAUGCACUUGACAGAAGUUUGACUUACGAAGUUGGGGGGCAAUUAGACAUGAGAGUGAGAGACAAACAAACAACAGCACCCGUUCCAAAUUUGCCAGCGGAGAGCUUGAUAAUAUCAGAACUCAUCCCUGUCUCUAUUACUUAUACUGCUUCCUUUUUUGUUCCCCAUGGUGGUAGCUGGGCAGCGGCCUUGUUGUUUGUAGGAGUUUCUCAAGCUUUCCCAGCUGUUGCAAAACGAGGAACAAUAGAGCAUAAACCCAACAUUGUCAGAAGAACGCAUGAACUGGAGACCAAUCAGAAGGAGCCAAAAAAAAGAAGAGCAAUAUUAAGACUGCUGAAGAUGAGCAUAGUCUUUUACAUUUUUAUUGAUUUAAUGAUUCUCAUCUUGUCCCUGUUUCUCCCUCUCCAUAUUGCACUCCUUUUCCAAUUGAUUAUUCCACUUUAUGAAGUUAUUGCCUGGACUAUGAAGUUGUGGAGGUCUAUGGACAAGAAUUUGAAAUGCGUCGAAAGAGAUUUAGCUCUAAUGCAUGCGUUUUUUAGGGAUACCAAAAGUACAGAAGGCCUGAAUGAAAGACAACGAGUAUGGGUUGGUCAACUGAAAGCCGUGGCUCAAUAUGGCCAAUCUCUUCUUGAUGCAUGUCCAAAGGGUCGUUAUUGGAGCAGAAGAUUAAAGUUUGCCAUGGACAUCAACUGCUUGUUGGAAGAGAUUCUUAAUAUCUGCGACAGGAAGGUCAUUUAUGGCAUUACAAAUAUUCAAGGAACACAACAAGAGUUUGUCCAUAACUCGCACCCAAGAAUAAGCAUGCAAGAAGAGACAGAGAUUCAAAGGAUUGUUGAACAACACGAUCCAGAACCAGAACCAGCUGCCUCCUCCUCGUAUUGCCCUGUCACAGGGCUCAAAAAGGAAGUCCAAUCAAUCAGAGGAGAAGAGGAAUUGAUGGAUGCACUGUUUCGAGACAUGAUAGAACUAGAUAGAAGAUCUAGAAUCUGGGUGGAGCAAAUGCGAGGUAUUGCCAGUGAUAUUGCAUCUGUCAUUAACCAGUAUGAUGCUAAGUUGAGGUAUAAGUCAAUUCUGACCUACACUUUCAAGUACUGGACCCGGCGUGUUAUCAGUAAAGAGAUCGAUGCUGUCAGAAAGAAAAUUGAAGAGGCCUCUAGAAGAAGAAGGGCAUAUGGUUUGGUACAAUUUCGGGCCCGUACCGAGUCGUCGUCGUCCACAAUGGUUCAAGGGUUACGUGGAACCACACAAUUGUCUCUCGUUGCUAAGGAAUUUGAUGUCAUUGGAUUUGACGAUGAUGCACAAGUUUUGAUGGCUCAGUUACUGUCAGGUGAGAAACGUCGCAGCAUUACUUCAAUCGUUGGAAUUGGAGGCACAGGGAAGACAGCACUUGCCAAGUUCAUAUUUGGCAACAAAGAUAUUGAAAACAACUUUGAGAACCGAGUAUGGGUGUCAUUACCUUCAAAUUCUUCUUCUCCACAGCUUGUAGAAGAAACUACCAAGAAGGUUGCCAAGCAAAUUAUGGUAGAAGACGGCUCGAUCUCCUCCUGUAAUAAUCAGGACGUUCUCCAAACAUUGGCACAUAAAAAGUAUCUCAUAGUUGUUGAUGGCAUAGAAACAUCCCAUGCCUUGGGUACCUUGAAAGAGGCCAUACCCGACAUGUCAACAGGCAGCAGAUUUCUUCUUACCACUCGCAAUAUAAAUGUAGCCCGAGAUACGACUUUUGCUCACCCACUACAGUUAUUAGAUGAUGAAAGUAGUUGGGUGUUGUUCACAAAACAUUUGAAAGUGGACAUUCCCCAAGAAGAACUCAUCAAGGUUGGAAGAGAAAUUGUGAUCAAGUGUGGGGGUCUGCCGUUACAAAUAUUAAAAAUGAGUGAGUUCCUUUCACAUAAAGAAGAUGUCAAACAUGAGGAGCGGUCAAGCAUGCUCGAACAAGAUCAAACACAGCGUUGGUCUGAAACACUUAAAACAAUCGACGUGGACUUACCUCUAUAUCUAAGGGGAUGUUUAUCUUACUUUGGGCUAUUCCCUGCUGAAUUUGGGAUUCCUGUUAGAAGACUGGUUAUUUUGUGGGUUGCAGAGGAACGAGUGCAUCAUGGAGAAGACCAAGAGCUCCCUGAGCAAGUAGCGGAACGGUACUUGACAAAGUUGAUAGAUCAGAACCUCGUUCAAAUUGCCAAGAGAAAGCGCAAUGGCAAGGUCAAAACAUGUCGUCUCCCCUAUGCUUUACGACAACUCUGGUGGACAAAAGGUAACAACUCUAUAUUUCUUAAAGCCAAUACUACCACAGAUUCCAAUGCAGAACCAAAAAACUCCAUCAUACGUUGGGUGACAGAUCAUCUUAAUACCGAUCAUAUCUGGUACAAUCAUAUUCAUGGUGACAGUAAUAGAAAUGAUUCAGCUUCCCUGAGAACCUACUACAAGGAUGUUCGUUCCUUUCUGUCUUUCGAUGCUCGAGAGGGAAGUAAACCUGGCCAAGAAAUAGGCAACUUCAUGAAGGUAUCUAUUUUGAGCGAUUGUUUUUUACUCUUACGGGUUCUUGAUCUUGAACGCGUUUACAAGCCCAAAUUGCCUAAAACCAUAGCAAGACUUUCGCAGCUGAGGUAUCUUGGUUUAAGAUGGACUUAUUUGGAGUCACUUCCAUCAUUUAUAAGCAAGUUGUUGAAGCUACAGACACUUGACCUCAAACAUACUUAUAUACAUACUCUACCUACCUCCAUCUGGGAGAUGGAACUCAGACACUUGUUCUUGAGUGAGACUUUCCACAGCAGACUCCCACCUCAACGAAAGGAUCAUUUUUCUUUCAUCGGAUUUCUUCUGCCUCAGCUAAGAGAUAAUUUCCUACAUGAUCUCCAGACAUUGUGGGGUCUUUUUGUAGAUGAGGAGACUCCAGUGAAGAAUGGCUUGGACACAUUGGUCAGUAUAACGAAAUUGGGAUUAGCAUGCCAACAAAUGUCAUUACAGCAAGAAGCAAUGACAAAACAACUUGAGGCAGUGGCUGAUUGGAUUGCCAAACUAGAACACCUUCAAUCACUGAGACUAAAAUCAAGGGAUGAAGAAGGGAAACCUUGGAUUUUACACUUGAAGUCCUUCGAAAAUAAUGUAAAUCUCACUGACAUGUAUUUGCUAGGAAAAUUGAGCAGUUCAUCUAUUUUGUCCCAAUUCCCGAAUAGCCUCAUUGAACUUACCCUAUCACAUUCAAAACUAGAGGAGGACCCCAUGCAACUUUUGAAAGAAUUGUCAAAUCUUCGAACACUGUCUUUACUAAGAGACUCUUAUGUGGGACAAACCAUGUAUUGCCAAGCUCAAGUAUUUCCUCGACUUCAUGUCUUGAAAUUUUGGGUGCUGCAGCAACUAGAGGAAUGGAUUAUAGAAUCAGGAGCACUCCCCUGUCUCAGACAACUGGAAAUCAGAUCAUGUUCGCACUUGAAAAUGCUUCCUUAUGGACUAAUGAAUGUCAACACUCUGCUUGAGUUGAAGUUAACAAACAUGCCAACAGAAAUCAAUGCUGAGGCACAUAACAUCCCACCCAAUUGUCAAGUCGUCCAAACUAAUUUUCAGUAGAAUAUAUUUCCAUCACUGCACAACAUGUGAGCUGCUGGAAUUUAUCUGUUGUGGCGUAUUUUAAUCUUCUGGGAUAAUGGGGUUAAACAAACUUCAUCAACUUAAUUUCUUGGCAUGCAUGUUGAACUACUACUCACAAAUAGUUGUGAGGAAAUAAAGGAAGGAGAGUUUGUUUAUUUUUCAUGGAUUUUGGAUAUUAACCUUCUGCGUUAACACCCCCCUUUAUUGUUAUCCAUGUUGGUAGCAUGCGGUUCUGUAUAUUAUAUAUUGUACCUGCUGUAAUUUGAUUGUUUUAGCUACUUGAGUGGCGUACAUCGGUCCACAUAACUGAGGCUCGUAUUAGCCAAAUGUUUUUUAGUAUUAAUGGUUGCAAUUGUUUGCAAAUUGGCCGGCA